CGCACAUGCGCAGACCUCGUCACGUGACGCAACGUUUUAAAUUCACCUACGUCAUGUGACAUGGCUACCGCUCUCCAGCGAGUCAACUUGAGAGAUUUGUUUUUCUGACAGGUCUGCUCCCAGGGCAGCGACAGGAGAGCCAGAGGGAAUGGAUGGAUUUCCUGUGAAGGUUACAGAGGCAGUGUGUCUUGGGGCCAGCCUUGCCAUCUCAGGCAUCUGCUACUAUCUCUAUAAGAAGAGCCGGACAACGCUAGAUAAGCUUGAUGAUGCUCCACACUUCACCAUAGAUGGCAAACUCAAAGACAUUUUGAAAGUUACUCCAGGAGCAUGUCUACAGUAUGCUGUCAUUGAAGGGGCUGUGCGACCAGUGGGCGAGCCUUUGACAAGUCAAUUUCAAAAAGAAAUUGUCGGAGUGUUGCAGAAAUUCCUCUUAAGGGAGCACAGACUGGUGUGGAAUGGCCUUUCACGCACUUGGAUGGACAGUGAACGAGUCUUGCACCAAAGAGUGAAUGAAGUGCCCUUUGUGUUAGUUGGAUCGGAUGAGACCAUGGUCAGAGUCCUGUGCCCUAUCCAGGCCUCCGGAGUGCACACGGAGAUCACCCACGAAAAGUUCCACCAGGUCAACUAUGGCUUUGGUGACAUCGUAGGACAAUACCUGAGUGGGGAGAAGCUUAAAGGGCAACUCGAGACCGAGGAAAUGCUCAAAGUGGGCACAGCUCUCACAGGCAUAGGAGAGGUGAUGCUGGACACAGAUGGUAUGCUGUGUCUUCGACCCCCUCCUAAUGGCACACAGUACUUCUUGAGCAUUGCAGACUUUGACACCCUGCGAGGAGAGCAAGAGAGCAUGGCUACAGGUUGGAAGGCACUGACUAUCACCUUUGCUUUGGUGGGAGCAGCGGUCUUACUCUGGGUUGGUCGACGGUACUACUACCGACUAAAAGUUCAGUGGGAGCAGGACCAUGAGAGGAGGGAAUUUGAGAGACUCCAGGCUGAAGCCACAAGAGCACGUGCUCUGUUGACGGGCCCCGAGGCCUCUCAAGACAGGGAACACAUAGAGAACGCAUGUGUGAUUUGCCUCAGUCAGCCACGUAAUUGUAUUCUGUUGGACUGUGGACAUGUGUGCUGCUGCCACAGCUGCUACCAGGCUCUUCCACACCGCCGAUGCCCUAUAUGUAGACAAAACAUCAGCAGGGUGGUGCCUCUAUACCACGUCUAAGACACCUGUGCGACCAUAUGACCUCAGUGGAACUUCACCACCAUACAGACUGUAUUGGAUUUUCAGCUAAAAAGUCAAAAGUACCACAAUGGAAAUAACUCUCCAGCCUUUACUGUGUUGUCACCUUUUGUUUAAUUUAUUAAUGUAUGUAAUGGCUGCAGUGCAGUGUUAUGUCUUUUUUAAUCAUCACAUAAAGUAAGUCAGUAAACUGCUGCACAACAGUAACUUUAAUAAUCUUGUUACUGUAAAGAAUAAGUAAAAUGUGAAUUAUAAGGAUUUUGUGCAAAUGCAGAGUUUCAGAGAGUUCAUUUUGUCUGUAAAUGUACGUGAGGAAAAAACUGUAGAUUUACAGUACGUGACAGAUGUUUAUUUUCCUACAUGUUUGUUCUGUGCCUUAAUCAAGUAAUUUAUAUAGCUGCUGCUAAGAGUGAUUGUACUGUAUGUAGCUGAAUAACUUAAGUCUGGUCUUAAGUCAGUCUUUUGUUUCUAACACUUCCAGUUACAUAUUUAAUUCACUGGAAGUUAAUGAAACAAACAUACAUACGUGAUGCACUAGAGACUGGUGCGAGUGUGUGUAAAAUGUUGGUUUGUUGAAAGAAAUUCAAUAAAGCAUCACUCUUUGAA